CUCAUUAAGUGAGUCCCGUUGUAGCAGCUAUAGGUGAAGCUGCCUCUAUCUCUGUCAUACUGAAGCAGGUGUCCAACAUGGCGAACGCUCGCAGCGGCUCUCUCGCGACUAUUCUCUUUUUAUUCAUGUCUUCGGCGGCUCUUCACAAAGGAGCUGCACAGGACCCAGUGGUGAGUCAGAACCUGGUGACAGACAACGUGACCGUGGUGGAGGGAGAGAUGGCGAUCAUCAGCUGCCGGGUGAAGAACAAUGAUGACUCCGUUAUCCAGCUGCUCAACCCCAACAGACAGACAAUCUACUUCAGAGACAUGAGGCCACUGAAAGACUCUCGCUUUCAGCUCGUGAACUUCUCAGACAACGAGCUGCGGGUGUCACUGUCUAAUGUGUCGCUGUCAGACGAGGGUCGAUAUGUUUGCCAGCUGUACACAGACCCCCCGCAGGAGGCCUACGCUGAAAUCACAGUGCUAAUUCCUCCAGGUAACCCCAUCAUUGAGGCCCGGGAUGAGGUCCUGAGCGAGGGCAACGAGACAGAGAUGACCUGCACUGCCAUGAGCAGUAAGCCUGCUGCCAUCAUCAGAUGGAUGAAAGGAGAUAAAGAGCUUCCAGGCAAGCCCAAAGUUGAACUGACCUACGACAAGAUGUACACAGUAACCAGCCGACUGACGUUCACCGUUAGCAAAGAGGAUGACGGCGUACCUGUGAUCUGCAUCGUCGACCACCCUGCAGUCAAGGACUUCCAGGCACAGAAAUACCUGGAGGUGCAGUACAAACCAGAAGUUAAGAUCGUGGUAGAAUUUCCUCAGGGUCUGACCAGAGAAGGAGAGAACCUGGAACUGUCGUGUAAAUUCAGAGGCAAACCCGAGCCACAGCGGGUGAACUGGUUGAAGGUGGAUGACGACGUACCUUCCCAUGCAGUUAUCACCGGCGCCGAUCUUUACAUUGAAAAUCUAAACAAGUCCUACAAUGGAACCUACCGUUGUGUGGCAUCCAACUCAAUUGGAGAGGCUUACGAUGACUACACCCUCUAUGUCUAUGAUGCUCCCACCACUACCCCUAAAUCCACCACAGCCACCACCACCACCACCAUCAUCACCACCACCAUCUCCUACCCCGAAAUAAAUCAAGACACUGCGCCCAGCACUGAACCUGCAGCUCAUGAUUCACGAGCCGGAGAAGGAGCACCCAGAACAGUGGACCAUGCAGUUAUCGGAGGAGUGGUGGCUGUGGUCGUGUUCGCUAUGCUCUGUCUACUCAUUGUCUUGGGACGCUACUUUGCAAGACACAAAGGUACCUACUUCACACAUGAAGCCAAAGGAGCAGACGACGCAGCGGAUGCAGAUACAGCCAUCAUCAAUGCCGAGGGUGGCCACACCAAUUCUGAUGAAAAGAAGGAGUACUACAUCUAAUCAGAACAGGACCCCUCACCUCCAAUGUCCUGCUUGGGACACUGAAGGGUUUUUUGGGACGGGGAGAGGGGGAAAAGGUGGGGGUUGACAGAGGGGUUGGAAUCGGUUCGGUGGAGGGGUAGAAGAGACACGGGAUUUUAAAGAAAGGCCUGGUUUUAAGCCGUUGUCUAGUCUAGUCUGCAGAUGUAGAUGGAAUGUUGUGUGUGUUUAAAAAAAGAAAAAAUCAAAAAAGGAUAAAAAAUGUUAGGGUCUGGGGUUUUCAGUAUACAGGGAUGGGUGGGAGGGUGUGCCAGAAAUCACUGUAGAGAGCUUCACCAUUCAACACCUCCCUAACUGCUGGUACAAAUUGUAUUUAGUUCAACCAUUUGCAGAAAAUUCUGUGCCUUGUUCGAAAUCUUUUGGUUCUACCCAUAUUUUGCAUUUGUGUUGAUCAUCGUUUGCAUAACCUCGUUGCUCCCCUUUUCCCGUUUCAUCUUCCCACCUCGUAAUUAUCAGUGUGCUGUUGGCUUUUGUAUGAGGGUAAAAUUACACAGCCACUUUAUUAAUGUCUCUUAAUGUGUCUGCACAAACGGAUCCUCUCCUGCAUAACAAAAACUCUUUCCAGUAUACUGUGAUUUGUCUCAAGCCAUUACUUUCUUCUCUUUCUCCCUGAAGUUUUGACAGCUCUAAAAAUGCAUGGAACGCUUUACAUAUCAUUGUACAAAGGACAUAAAAGAGAAACAGGUUUAUAGUACUGGACCACACACACGACACCACAGAAAGAAACGCGACUAAAACAGAGGCACAGAGGCUAAUGUAAAAGGAUGUUCCCAUUUCAACAGGCCGGUUCAGUUUGAAAAUUCAUAUUUAAAAACAUCGGUUUUGUUUUUGCAGAGCAGAUAUACUUCUGUAUUACUGUCUUUUAAGGCAUUACAUUCCUUAGUGAAAAGAAGCAGUGCAUUAUUUUUUCCUCACUGCAUUGCCAUUUCAUUAUUUUUGAUUUCUUCCUCUGCUCUGUGUUAUUUUUCUUCUAUUUGCUGAAUGGAAGGCCUGUCUUCCCACCGGCUUUUAUUGAGUUGUAAUGUUGGUUUUCAAUUGAUUUCCAUCUGCUCUCACCCUAGAAUAUUUUUUAUUAUAAAUGAGAAAGUAAGAAAAUGUAAAUUGUCCUAAAAUUGUUUUGACACAUCCUCAGUCAAGAUGCCUCUGUAAUAAAAGACUGUUGGAAAAAAAUAUUUGGUGUUAAUAUUUGCCAAUCAGCAGCUGACAUUGCUGGUGUAGUGUACGCCAUACAACAAGUUUUCCAAGUAGAGAACCAGCCUUAAUAUAACUCCAAACUGAAGCCCAUUCAAAGUUAAGUUACAUCUAAUCGGUACAUAGCUACACGAUACAUAGCAGUCAAGGUCCUCCCAUUAGCAGGUUCACGUUAUCUCAUUGACACACAGUCCAAUGUAAAUCAAGCCAAUGGCAUCACAACUGUAUUGUACACUAAUCCUUACUAAGAAAUAUUUUUUACAACUUACUAGAAUUACAAUGGAGUACCUUUGUGGAUUUUACUGUAUCACGUUCAUUGUCAGUUUUGUCAAACUGUAAAAUAUGGAAGUGUUAUGGAAAGUACAUGUCUUCGAAGUAGAGUGUUCUGAGAGACAAACCAUUCACAGCCAUUCACCACCAUACACUAUAUGGACAAAAGUAUCUUUGAGUGCAGGUGUUUUGGGUCGCCACAGCUGUAGAAAAUCAAGCACCGAGCCGUGCGGUCUACUUUUACGAACAUUUGUGACGGGAUGGGUUCUUCUAAGGAGCUCACUGAAUUCUAACGUGGUACUGUAACAAUGUGCCACCAGUGCAACAAGUCAGUUUGUGAAAUUUCUUCCCUUCUAGGUAUUCCCCAUCUAAUCUAAGUGAAACCACAGGACCUUAGCCAUACAGUUAUAGAGCUCCAGCCCUCCUCUGGCAUUAACAUCAGCACAAAUCUGUGUGCCAGGAGCUUCAUGGCAUUAAGAAGCUCCUUUAGGUGUAAUGGAUAGGUGACCAAGUACUUUUGUCCAUGUAAUGUAUGUAAUUUUGCUCAAAUUCAUUCAUUUUUGAACACCAAAAUAUUAAUUUUGCAUGUAUGCUCAUGCUAGAACCCGUUGUUUUUGCUUCUCUAUCAUGGUUUAUGUACAACCUGCCAAAAGCCAAUGAGAAUCUGUUUCGCUAUGUCAGUUUGGGAGCACUGAGGACACCAGAAGUAAUUAAUUGUUCAUACGAUGACAUAUUACACACGUUGUGGUCCUUGGUGUUAAUCCAUGGUUUGCAUUAUUGCUCUGGCUUUUCAACAUGGCAAUGUGGGUUUACCAGUGACAUUGUUUCUCAUUAUUAUGUGUUCGCACAGCAAGCAACACGCUUAAUGAAUCCUUUCUCCAUGUGACAGCUGUGGGUGGAUAAAGCUGGAGGUUUCAGAUGCCGUGUACAAUUUCAAGAGUUUGAAACACUGAAAGCAUAUUUAUUUCGUGGCUUUUUUCUGUUGUGAUAUUACAUCACACUUCAAAGAUUUGUCAAAGUUAGGAUGUGCCCAACAUCAGCAGCAGCAGUUUUAUUUUUUUAAAGUGAAGUUGGUCUAAUGUUGAAAAACUAGUGUCAAGAGGACAAACUAAAUCAUAUUAGUCAAGGAAAAGGUGUCAGUUUGAUUUCUAGUGUUUAUUUACCAUCCACAUACUGUUAAUUUCAGCUCAAAAUCUGAAUUACUAAUGUUUGCUUGUUUAUUGAUAUACAUUAUUUGUUGUUGUUUAUUAAAUGGGACACCUGUGGAAUUGGAACAGUUAAGCUUUGCAUUAAAUCCAUUUUCAAGAAAUUUGAAAAGUAAUGGCAGUGCAUCGUAAGCGUAAGAUGAUGCUUGAUUUCUGAAUUACGCUUCUAAAUAAAAUGAAUGCAAUCUGUUUAAAAAUCUCAAAUCUUAAACCUGCUUUACCUUUCCCUUGUUUUGUAAUGAGAUGGAAAUGUGUUUCAAAAUGACUUUGAAACACUUUGGUCAGACUUUGCCCCCCUUUGCAAGUUGCUAACUGUUAAAAUUACUUUCUAAUUUGAAUAGGAAAAAAUGUUUUUUAAGCUUCAUAAAAUGGAUUCUUUGAGAGAAACCAAUAAGAUGUUGGAAUAAAUAAAUCAAGACACUGAAAACCACUUUUCCAUUUCAUCACUGUUUGGCGCAUUUAUGGAUUCUUUGGCACUUAAUGGUGUUGCUUGCCAUGUGUACACUCACUAUGAUUUAACACUGUGUUGCUAUGUUAAAGCAUUUGAUUGGAUUUUGUUAACGCGCAGCUCGUAUUGCGACACAUUACCAAUGUGAUAGCUUUAAUAUUUCAUGGUCAUGCAUGAAGACAACAUUCAGCCUUUCCAUGUUGAGAUUUGGGGUGGCUCUUAGACAUAGCUCUUGUGAAAUCCACAGCGCAAAUUACACUUUCUUGACCAUCUGUACAUUUAAAAACGUUUAAGUUUUGGGGCGGGGUGAUUUUAGAGCACAGCAAGUGGAACGGGGGGAGCUGUGGAUACGUUAUUUUUAGUUUUGGAUGUGGUAGUUGUAGAUAGGAUUUACAGGAGAGACGAUGUGGACAAAAAUCAAAGAUGUUGUGUCCAACUCUCUCCAUCUGUUUCUUGUUAAAACUUGAGUUCAUUUUCAUUAGUUCUGGACUCACAAAGUAAUUUUAUCACAAAGUUAACACUGUAUGCUGACGACACUGUUUUGUGUUUGUUAAAUGGACGGGUGGGGGUGGGGUGGGGAACUGAUUAGGUAAAUGUUUCACGGUCUGGUGUCUGAUUUAACUAUUGAUUGACUUGUUAUUGUUGCUUUAUGAAUCACAGAGCAGAUGUCACUUUCAUCUGUAAGACUGAUAUUGUGUGAUUUGUAUUUUCCAGUGAGCACUAUUUCGCUUCAGUGACAUGUGGCAGCUUUGAUUUAAAUCAGACUUCAAAAUAUGUACUUGCCAAUAAAGGAAUAGAACUGAAUAUUGUCUUCUCCCUAAGGCUGAUACGUUAAUAUUUUAUUUGUGAAUAUUAAACUUUUUGCAGAUUGGAAUGCCAGGAGUGUUUUACGUUAUAAAAAUAUUUUUUUGUUCUCCCAAAUUUCCAACAUAAGAAAGUGAAAAAAAUAUAUUUAAGUACGCUUAAUUAUUCCGAAUCUUAGGUGCAUAACAGAACGAUAAGGUUAUUGUACAUAUCAUUUUAUUUUCCAUUAUUCCCAGUGAAGUUUUAAAAAACGUUGACUAUGGUCUUAUCUUACAGUGCAACUGAAGUCGUUUUCUUCCCAUUAAAUUCUUUUGCUAGUGUCCUGUCUCAGGUUCAUGCCUUGCUGACUGAUGUGACUGCAUCUCAGGUAGAAUGCAAAAUUUAGGCCCCACCUAUCAAUGACAUGAAAGCAAGUACAAUACAUCAUUAAAUACAAUUAAGUACAAAACAGAAGUUUAGGUCCCAAAGCAAAAAGGGUGAGAUAAUUUUGCUUCUAUGUUGUACAUGUUUUAUGUAUUUUUCUUAAUAUUUGGUGCACUGUAAAAGAUGUGUUAAGUAUUGCUUUGUGUUAACAUAGGUACUAAAGAGUACAAUGUUUAUUGGAAUGAAGCAGGAUCAGAAACUUGUUGUGGCUGUACUUCUGUCAAUUUCAACGCACCACCACCUUUUGAUUCCCAAAAAGUUUUCUUUCACCAUUCUUUUCAGAUUGAUUAUUUUUGUCUCUCUGCUGUACUUGGGAAAUGUUAAUGUGUAUUAAUGGAGAAGAGGAGUUCCACAUUCCCAUACACAUUUUGUAUUGGUUCAUAAAUAGACAUUUUUACAAAACAAUGAAGAGUUCUUGUCUUAAUAAAAGAGAAAAGAUAUAAAUGUCCAAAAUAA